AUGACCGUUUUAGGCUUUAUAUCAGGCCUGGUGUGCAACAGAAUUGGUGUCCGCUGGACUCUGGUCAUUGGAACUCUAGGAUACGCGCCGUAUGCAGCGGCCCUCUACACGAACGCAGCCUUUGGGAACACGUGGUUCCCAAUUUUAGGAGCUGCGACAUGCGGUAUUAGCGCUGUGUUUUUGUGGACAGCAUCAGGUGCAAUCAACCUUGUGGUACCCUUUGUCCAUCAUCGUGGACGCGCAGUGGCUACGAAAUUUGCUUUUCAGAAUGUUGGCGGGUUCAUUGGUGGUGCAAUAUCCCUUGGUUUGAACAUAAAUCAAAACCGCGCCGGCAGAGUUUCAGAUGCAACUUAUUUUGCGUUCAUCUCAAUCAUGUGUCUUGGAUUGCCUCUCGCAGCUACCAUUCCUCGUCCAUCACGAGUCAAGCGGAGCGAUGGAUCGCGUGUCGUUGAACAUCGUUUCAAAUCAUGGAACGAGGAACUAUUGAGCCUAAAGAGUGUUCUCUCGCUGAAAGGUUUUCUUUUACUGGUUCCAUUCGCUUUGUACUGCCAAUGGGAUCUAUCCUACAUGUGGGGUUGGAAUGCAGUCUAUCAUACAGUUAGAGCUCGUGCAUUGCUGAGUACUCUAUUCUACCUAGUCGGUCCUACUAUUCUUGGCCCAGUACAGGGAUGGCUCAUGGAUAGGAAACGGUGGAGUCGUCGCACACGAGCACGUUACGGGAUGACUAUAUACACAAUAGUGACUGCAUUAACUUGGGUCUACGGCUUAAUCGUACAAUACCAGUACGACAAAAGGGAGGCGGCCACGGCUAUUGAUAUUGUCGAUCCUGUCUUUGUCAAAUCAUGCCUACUUUUCAUCCUAUAUGGACUCAUUGAAAACUCGGGAAUGAUGGUUAUUUACUGGCUCAUUGGAUCACUUGGGUUGGACCCUGGGAAAGUCGCAUCCAUUGUAGGCCUGGUGACGGGCAUCGGUUCUUUCGGUUCAACUAUGGCGUUUGUUCUGGGGGCCUGCAACGUUUCCUUGAAGUGGCAAUUGUGGGCAAAUGUUAUUGCCUUUCUUGCCAGUCUUCCAGGUUUACUCUACGUGAGCUGGACGAUGAUAACCGAGGAUGAUAAACUCGAGGAAGCUACGACGGCCAAUUAUUCGAUCACUUCUCUGGAGGACUCCGUCGAACAAAACAUACCAGAAGUGUAUACGAAACGUGGCGAGACUUCUAGCGGUAUCUAA